CUUGACAUUAGCUUACAUGGAGCUAAGCAGAACGCGACGACAAACAAGUUUGUCAUUCUUCGCUUCGUCGGAGUUAACCCUACAUAAGUGUUGAAUCAUGGAAAAGCUAGCGGACUAGCAGUUGCUGCAUUUUAUUGACACUGCUCAGCGCUGCUGCGUAGACCUGUGUCUGGGGGCUUUGCUGUUGUUCCUAGCCGGACUUCAGCAGGCAGAGGCGGCCGCAGCCGGCGCUGCCGCAGCAGGAGAGAUGACCAACCUGAACUGGAAGCCGUUCAUCUACGGCGGGAUGGCCUCGAUUGUCGCAGAAUUCGGCACAUUCCCCAUCGAUCUGACAAAGACGCGACUCCAGGUGCAGGGUCAGUCCCAGUACACGGAAGUGCGCUACAGGGGAAUGUUCCACGCCCUGUUCAGGAUCGGCAAAGAGGAGGGCAUCCGGGCACUCUACUCGGGGAUCUCACCUGCGCUCUUGAGACAAGCAUCUUACGGGACCAUCAAGAUUGGAACUUAUAACUCCCUGAAGAGGCUUUUUGUCAGUCGCCCGGAAGAUGAGACCAUGGUCAUCAACGUUUUCUGUGGCGUCGUUUCUGGCGUACUGUCAUCCUCUUUGGCAAAUCCCACAGAUGUCCUUAAGAUCCGAAUGCAGGCACAGGGCAGUCUGCUUCAAGGCAGCAUGAUGUCCAACUUCAUCAACAUCUACCAGACAGAGGGGACCAAAGGCCUGUGGAGAGGUGUCAUCCCCACGGCGCAGCGAGCUGCCAUUGUCGUCGGCGUGGAACUUCCCGUCUACGAUAUCACAAAGAAGCACCUCCUCCGAUCCGGUGUUAUGGGUGACACCAUUUUGACGCAUUUCAUUUCAAGUUUCACAUGCGGCCUGGCAGGAGCACUGGCAUCCAACCCAGUGGAUGUGGUGCGUACGCGCAUGAUGAACCAGCGGGUGAUUUCAGGGUCACCCAUGUACAAAGGCACGUUGGAUGGCUUGAUGCAGACGUGGAGGAACGAAGGUUUCUUCGCGCUCUAUAAAGGGUUCUGGCCCAACUGGCUGCGGCUGGGGCCUUGGAACAUUAUUUUCUUCAUCACCUUUGAGCAGCUAAAGAAGCUCCCGUUGUAAGCGUGGAAACACGCAGCGGGACAGCACUGAUCUAUUGGACUGUGUGAGUUGGACACGCAGCGUUUUGCAGAGAUGCAGAAGAGGCGGCAGCAGCACUGGCAGAGUUGCGGUCCCAGUAUACUGUACAUUCACACUCCUUGACCAGCAACUCAACCAAAACAUCAGCCAACCUCCACACACACACUCAUCCAUCACCUCAUGUAUUUUCUUUUCUCGAGUUUUGCUAUUUAUUUGUGGGUGACCGAUUCUGUUUCAACAGUCGUGAACACUGAGACCAGGCAGCUACUUUUUGCAAGCGGUUUGGCAAGAGCGGGACUUAGAACCCUGUUCCUCUCUCGCACCAAGUGUGCUUAAACCUCAGCUUUUCUUCAAAUAUGUAGUUACAAGCUUUGCAAGGCUUGAAAUGUUUCAUGAGUGAAACGGUCCGUCUGUUACAACAGACUUUAUAGUAAGGUGCCAUAGUUUUAUUUCUGUUUGUGGCUCGUGACUCUUGAGGCGGAAAAAUCCCAACACGAGUAUCAAUCUGAGACAAAGCCUUUGCUGCGGAGCUGGUGGAAGCACAGCAGCUAAAAGAAGUGUGCUCCAACUGCAAGGCGGAAGUACAGAAGAACAUCUGAGCUACCGGAGUUUGAAUUUUUUUCUGCAUCGAAAUUCUAGCACUGAAUUUUUACACAUAUUAAAAAGUAGUGAGCCGCAAAUAUUGCUGCUGAAUUUUGAUGCUGGUAAAAAUUAUUGUUAGAAUGUUGAUGCUGAGAAAAAAAAAAUUCUAACUCUGGCGGCACUCAUUCGGGUCAUUGCUACGUGCCAAAAUUUGUUGCUAACGAGGUUUUGACUAAAUACACAAACCUUAAAUCUGUGACUCUUUCAGUCUUUUUACACUUUCAGUUGACAACAUUUGGAUUUUAGUAGCCUGAUUUUACUGUCGCUUUUCUCCUGCUUGGAAGACAUCUUGCAGUGUGUUACAACCUUCUCAUGACAUUAUGCGAUACUCUCGGCACAGUAGGUCGCAACAGAGAGGAGAAAUGAAGUGACGGUAAAACAGGCCAAGAAUUCUGAUUUCAUACGACAGACAUGCAAAGAGACUGGAAGAGUCUCACACAGGAGCAGAAGUGGGAGUCCUUGGAUCGCUUGGUUGAUUUUUUUUUUUUUGCUCAAUCACGUUAUGUCUUAGAGGGUAUCUCCUGCAUAAUUAAUGUACGCAAUUUAUCAAGCUACAUAGUUUUUGCUUGAACAAACCAAAUCAUGUGGAAUUUUACAGUUCUUAAUGGCAAUACUUGGUAAAACUCUGACGGCACAGUCAAGAUCAUUUGUUUUACUGAUGUAAGUUUUUGUCGGUGUAGUUUUUCAACUUAUGCGAAUCUGCGAUACAGUAUGUUGUGAAAACAGGUCCUUAGCUCCAAUUUAACUUUUUGUUAGGGUUCACUGAAAAGCUUUCGAAACAAAAUGAGCCAUGUUAUAUAUUUUGGGGGAAAUUGUCGUUUGGAGUUUUGGCUUGAAUUUCUUUUCAAUGGACAGUUCACAAACAAAUGGUCGCCACAAGGAUGUUAGGAUGCAUCUAUUGUCAUAUUUUGAUACCUUAAGCCUCAUGUAGUGAGUGUGUUGAUCACAGAAUGCGGCUUCUGAUUACAUUGUUGUUGUUUGGCAUGUAUUUUCACGAGUGGGUUGAUUUUUUUUUUUUUGAGUAUUUAUUUUUGUGGUUUAACACUUCUGAAUGAUGCUGCUUUUGUCAGUGCUCGGCUUAUAUAGUAUUUCACUCUGUUACGCUCCCGUCUUUGUUCGCCAGUUGUCACUUCCAGUUGUUCAUUCCCCAAAAAAGUCAUCUUAUUACAAAAAAAAAAAAAUACAAUUUUGGGACUUUAAAGUGUUUGGGGAGUUUUUGAUUGUAGCUUUUAAAAGCACCUUUUGCCUUUAUGUUGUGUUGAAUAAAAGAGUUGAAAUAUACUAUACCUAUAGGUCAUUAAAAUGUUUUUAUAAAGGCCACACUAAAUUUAUGAAAAAUGCAACAAAAUGCACUUUUUGCUCAGCAUUUUCGUGUGGUUAGUUUUAUUUCUGUGCUUGUUUGAAUUUAGGGGUUUUAUGGUGGAGGUUUUGAACGUGAGUUUGUUUUUCAUCUACUGGGAGAGUCAGAAUUGAUUAAAUGUACACUCCAAAUAAUAAAAUGAAUCUGGUGAUUUUAUUGUUCCCUGCACUGUACUCUUAUUUCAUGAAUGGAAAGAAGCGCUGAAGAUAUAUUUAAAAAAUAUUAUAAACUGAGUAAAUGGAAAA